AUGGCACAAGUUCACAAUAAUUUCUUACGACUCUUCUUUUUUGUGUCCUUCUCUGUAAUAAUCCCCACCCUUCACGCUAACCGUACCGCUGAAUCUGACGAUUACUGGAUGCACCGAGCAGACGAAGCCCAAAAAGCCAACCUCUUGGCCUUUCAUUCACAUCCCGAGGAAGUCACCAAUGACUUCAACUCUCAUGUCAACAAGGCUUUGAUUGGAACGAACAGCACAAGAAGAAACUUGAGGAAGUACAGCGGUCCAUGCUUGGCCACCAACCCCAUUGACCGAUGCUGGAGGUGUCGCCCGAACUGGGCCCAAAACCGCAAGAGGCUAGUUAGGUGCGUCCUUGGCUUUGGCCACAGAGUCACCGGCGGAAAACGUGGUCCGAUUUACAUAGUGACCGAUCCCUCCGACAGCGACAUGGUUAAUCCAAGACCGGGAACCAUCCGGCACGCCGUUACCCGAAAAGGGCCCCUCUGGAUUAUCUUUGCACACAGCAUGGUUAUUAGGCUCAAUCAGGAGCUGAUCAUGACCGGCGACAAAACCAUCGACGGUAGGGGAGCCAAUGUGCACAUAGCUUUUGGUGCCGGCUUCACCCUCCAAUUUGUCAAUAAUGUGAUCAUCCAUAACAUUCAUAUCCAUGACAUCGUCGCGGGAAAUGGCGGGCUUAUCAGGGAUUCUCACGACCACGUUGGUAUUAGGACCCAGAGUGAUGGUGAUGGUAUCUCCAUCUUUGGCUCAUCCAACAUCUGGAUUGACCAUGUUUCCAUGUCCAACUGCCAAGAUGGCCUCGUUGAUGCCAUCAUGGGAUCAACUGCCAUUACCAUCUCCAACUGCCAUUUCACCCACCACAAUGAGGCGAUGUUGUUUGGUGCAAGCGACAGCUACUCCGGCGACCAGAUAAUGCAAAUUACAGUUGCCUUCAACCACUUUGGUAGGGGAUUGGUGCAAAGGAUGCCGAGGUGCCGAUGGGGAUUUGUUCAUGUGGUUAACAAUGACUACACUCACUGGGAAAUGUAUGCCAUUGGUGGUAGCAGCCAUCCUACCAUUAUCAGUCAGGGCAACCGAUUCAUUGCUCCUCCAAACCAGGCUGCUAAAGAGGUGACCAAGAGGGACUACGCGCUGGAGAGUGUGUGGAGUCAGUGGACAUGGAGAUCUGAGGGAGAUCUGAUGAUGAAUGGAGCAUUCUUCGUUCAAUCUGGGAACCGACUUGCAAAUAAGCCAUACUCAAGGCUGCAAAUGAUCAAAGCGAGACCAGGGACAUUCGUGAAAAGACUCACACGCUUCGCCGGCACCGUCAACUGCAAACCCGGCAAACGUUGUUAG